AUGUCUCCCUCCGUUGAAACUGCUGAAUCAGAAUGGCUUGUUCAGUUGGCGGCGAUGCGCGCGGCUAUUGCGGAACUCAAGCUGCCUCAGAAGAACGGCGACACCCAGCUCUACGGAGAGGAUAUCAAAAUCGACGACGACGACCUCUCAGGAACGACCAGCGGCGAUGACAUCUGGGACCUGAUAAGCGAUGCUGACGAAGAGGAUUACAGCAGCGAUCAUCUUGACGGCUUCGAGGCUCCUGCCGGCGAGGUUUCCACAGACGCCGCUCCGUAUAGUCCGGAAUGGCUCAAGCAGCAAUGCGUAGACGUUACACGGCGUGGGUCUGGCUUAGAUGCCCAGGCCUUGCAAGAGCAGGUGGUGGCGGUUUUAGCCUCAGACAGCAACGACGAGGAGCUUCAGAUGAUGCUGGCGAAUGUUCUUGGGUACGGCGAGCUCGACCUGGUUGCCGACUUUAUCCGCCACAGGAGGGAUAUCGUAAAGGCUACUACCGCCUCAAGCCAGCAGAAGGGUGUCCUGGAUCGUCUUCAGACGCGACAGGAACGAGAAGAAGCGCUCCGCCGACAGGACCAUGAACACAAGCACGCCUCUCUUGCUGCUAGUGUUGACAGGACUGGCCCCCAAUACCCGCAUGUCUACAAAUCGCAUGAAGCUGGUAACACACUCUCUGCACAUGGCCGCAAGUAUGCGUUGCCCCUUGGAAGCGAGCGCACAGAGAACGAGAAGUACGAGGAGUAUUCCAUUCCCGCUGCCCGCGUUGGGACCCUCGGUGUAGGCCGGAAGCUGGUUGAGAUCCAAGAAAUGGACGGUCUUUGCCGCAGGACUUUCAGAGGAUACAAGACCCUCAAUCGCAUGCAGAGUCUUGUCUUCCCAGUUGCGUACAAGACUAGCGAGAACAUGCUGAUAUGCGCGCCAACUGGUGCUGGUAAAACUGACGCGGCCAUGCUUGCCAUACUGAACAUAAUCGGCAAGAACAUCGUUCCUAGUCCCCUCGACGAACCCGAGGCGACAGAGUUUGUAGUCAUGAGGGAAGAUUUCAAGAUCGUAUACGUCGCCCCCAUGAAAGCUUUAGCUGCUGAGAUUACAGAAAAGCUGGGUAAACGACUGGCUUGGCUGGGGAUCCAGGUCCGAGAACUGACUGGAGACAUGCAUCUCACCAAGGCAGAAAUCACGCAGACUCAGAUCAUAGUUACUACUCCUGAGAAAUGGGAUGUAGUAACGCGUAAGAGCACAGGCGACACCGAGCUCGUGCAGAAGGUGCGCCUGCUGAUCAUCGACGAAGUACACAUGCUGCAUGAUGAGCGCGGCGCUGUCCUGGAGUCUCUCGUCGCACGUACAGAGCGUCAAGUGGAGAGCACGCAGUCGCUCAUUCGCAUAGUAGGUCUCUCGGCUACUCUGCCAAAUUACAUUGAUGUAGCCGAUUUCCUCAAAGUCAACCGUAUGGCUGGUUUAUUCUACUUCGAUGCAUCCUUCAGACCGGUCCCUCUAGAGCAACAUUUUCUCGGUGUCAAGGGCAAGCCAGGGUCAGCGAAGUCAAGGGAAAAUCUUGACCAGGUUGCGUUUGAGAAGGUCACCGAUAUGCUCCGACAGGGACACCAGGUCAUGGUUUUUGUGCACUCGAGGAAGGAUACCUUCAAGACGGCGAAGACAAUGUACGAGAAGGCUGUCGAAGAGCAAUGCACAGACCUCUUCGACCCUCAGGGGCAUCCCAACUAUGACCUCGCGGUUCGAGAUAUGAAGAGCUCCAAGGGCCGUGAGCUAAGAGAGCUCCUACCAAAGGGCAUGGGCACUCACCAUGCCGGUAUGCCGCGGUCAGAUCGCAAUCUCAUCGAGCGUCUCUUCGCGGAUGGCGUCAUUAAAGUUCUCUGCUGUACCGCUACCCUGGCUUGGGGUGUGAACUUGCCGGCUGCUGCAGUCGUUAUCAAAGGAACCCAACUGUACAGCGCCCAAGAGGGUAAGUUUGUCGACGUAGGGAUUCUCGACGUUCUCCAGAUCUUUGGUCGCGCCGGUCGUCCCCAGUUCCAGGACACCGGUAUCGGCUUCAUUUGCACUACGCAUGACAAAUUACAGCACUAUCUCACGGCUGUUACGCAACAACAGCCGAUUGAGUCCAAUUUCUCGAAGAAACUGGUGGAUAAUCUUAACGCAGAGAUCUCGCUUGGCACAGUCACUUCAGUCCCCGAAGCCGUUCAAUGGGUGGGCUACUCGUAUCUCUUUGUGCGGAUGCAACGGAACCCUCUCUCGUACGGCAUUGACUGGGCCGAGAUUCGAGACGACCCGCAGCUGGUCCAGAGGCGGAGGAAGCUUGUGAUAGACGCAGCCCGGGUUCUGCAGAAGAGCCAGAUGAUCAUCUUCAAUGAGACCACCGAGGAGCUCCGCGCAAAGGAUGUUGGCCGUAUUGCAAGCCAGUACUACGUCUUACAGACCAGUAUUGAGGUCUUCAACGAGAUGAUGCGGCCAAAAGCAACCGAAGCAGAUGUGCUGAAGAUGAUCAGUAUGAGUGGAGAGUUCGACAAUAUACAGUCGAGAGACAAUGAAGAGAAGGAGCUCCUAAGACUCAAGGAUGAGGCAGCGCCAUGCCAAGUCGAAGGAGGCUUAGGGACGCCGCGCGGCAAAACGAACAUUCUACUACAAUCGCACAUCUCCAGGGCCCGACUCGAGGACUAUACAUUGGUAUCCGACACAGCAUACGUCGCGCAGAACGCAACGCGGAUAUGCAGAGCUCUGUUCAUGAUAGCACUCAAUAGGCGAUGGGGUUACCAGUGCCUGGUCCUGCUCUCCUUGUGCAAAUCUAUUGAACGGCAGGUCUGGCCGUACCAGCAUCCGUUCCAUCAAUUCGAUCUUCCGAAUCCGGUACUGCGGAACCUUGACGACAAGAGCGCUGUAUCUUCCAUUGAGUCGUUGCGAGACAUGGAGCCGGCGGAAAUCGGACAGCUCGUGCACAACAACCACAUAGGCCACACAAUAUCGAAGCUGCUUGACAACUUCCCUACUCUGACCGUCGAAGCCGAAAUAGCACCUCUCAAUCGCGAUGUGUUGCGGAUAAAGCUCUACAUCACCCCUGACUUCCGCUGGAAUGACCGCCAUCAUGGGACAUCUGAAUCAUACUGGAUAUGGGUGGAGAACUCGGAAACAUCAGAAAUUUAUCACCACGAGUACUUCAUCCUAUCACGCAAGAAGCUUUACGACGAACACGAGCUGAACUUCACUAUUCCCUUAUCCGAUCCCCUACCUUCGCAGAUCUACGUCCGCGCAGUAUCAGAUCGAUGGCUCGGAGCAGAGACUGUUACCCCAGUCUCAUUUCAGCAUCUCAUCAGGCCAGAUACCGAGAGCGUCUACACCGACCUACUCAACCUACAGCCACUCCCGAUAACAGCCCUCAAGAACCCCUUGUUGGAAGAAAUCUACGGGCAGCGCUUCCAGUUCUUCAACCCUAUGCAGACACAGAUCUUCCACUGCAUGUACCACACCUCCGCUAAUGUCCUGCUUGGCUCGCCUACGGGCAGUGGCAAGACAGUCGCGGCAGAGCUAGCGAUGUGGUGGGCUUUUCGCGAGAACCCCGGGUCAAAAGUUGUGUACAUCGCCCCAAUGAAGGCGCUCGUUCGAGAAAGAGUCCAGGACUGGGGCCGCCGGCUCACAGGACCAAUGGGUCUCAAGCUCGUCGAGCUGACUGGUGACAACACGCCUGAUACGAGGACAAUUCGAGAUGCAGACAUCAUCAUCACGACGCCAGAGAAGUGGGACGGUAUCAGCCGUAGCUGGCAGACGCGUGGCUAUGUUCGUCAAGUGAGUUUGGUGAUCAUCGACGAGAUUCAUCUGCUGGGUGGCGACCGAGGACCUAUUCUAGAGAUCAUCGUCUCGCGGAUGAAUUAUAUUGCGUCACAAAAGAAAGGCUCCGUCCGGCUUGUCGGUAUGUCUACAGCCUGCGCCAAUGCCACGGAUCUGGGCAACUGGCUCGGUGUCAAGGAAGGUCUGUUCAACUUCCGGCACUCAGUCCGACCAGUUCCUCUUGAGAUCUUCAUCGAUGGGUUUCCCGAGCAGCGAGGUUUCUGUCCUUUGAUGCAAUCUAUGAAUCGGCCCACCUUCCUGGCGAUCAAGUCGCAUUCUCCGACAAAGCCGGUCAUCGUGUUCGUAGCAUCCCGUCGGCAGACUCGGCUUACUGCAAAGGAUCUGAUCAACUUCUGCGGCAUGGAAGACAACCCCCGCCGGUUCGUCAAGAUGUCCGAAGAGGACCUUAGUCUCAAUAUCUCGCGCGUCAAGGAUGAGGCACUGCGUGAGGCGUUGAGCUUCGGUAUCGGGCUGCAUCACGCUGGUCUUGUGGAGUCUGACCGUCAGCUAGCGGAAGAGCUCUUCGCCAACAAUAAGAUACAGGUUCUCGUCGCAACCAGCACGCUUGCAUGGGGUGUCAAUCUGCCAGCCCACUUGGUCGUGGUGAAGGGCACGCAGUUCUUCGACGCCAAGACCGAAGGCUACAAGGACAUGGACCUGACGGAUGUGCUGCAGAUGCUGGGCCGAGCAGGCCGUCCACAGUUCGACGACUCAGGAAUCGCUCGCAUCUUCACGCAAGACUCCAAGAAAGCCUUCUACAAGCACUUCCUGCACACCGGCUUUCCCGUUGAAUCGUCUCUGCACAAUGUGCUAGACAACCAUCUCGGCGCCGAGGUCUCCGCCGAAACCAUCGCAACGAAGCAAGACGCGCUCGACUACCUGACCUGGACCUUCUUCUUCCGACGCCUGCACAAGAAUCCGUCCUACUACGGCCUCGAGAUCUCAGCCGAGGAACAUAAUACCAUCGCCGCGCAGCAGCUCGCCAAUGACUACAUGGUCUCCCUUGUCGAGAAAUCCCUCGCCUCGCUCGCCGAAUCCCGCUGUAUCGAGAUCCACUCUAACAACGACGUCGACCCCACGCCCCUUGGCAAAAUAAUGUCAUACUACUACCUCUCCCACCUCACGAUCCGGCAUCUAACCACGCACGCCAAACCACACGCCUCCUUCGCCGAAGUCCUCGCCUGGAUGUGCGCGGCCACCGAAUACGACGAGCUCCCCGUGCGCCACAACGAAGACCUGAUCAACGCGGAGCUAUCCGCGAACCUGCCGCUCAAAGCCGACGUGCUGGGCCUCCCGAUGUGGGAUCCACACGUCAAGGCGUUCCUGCUGCUGCAGGCGCAUUUCUCGCGCAUCGACCUGCCCAUCUCGGACUAUGUGGGCGAUCAGAUCAGCGUGCUGGACCAGAGCGUCAGAAUUAUCCAGGCGGGGAUCGAUGUCCUUGCGGAACUGGGACACGCGAGUUCCGCGGAGAUGAUGAUGGCGCUGCUGCAGUGUGUCAAGUCGGCUCGCUGGCCGGAUGGUGGCGCCUUGGCUAUUCUCCCGGGCGUCGAGCCUGCGGCUGAGAAAGCGAGGCUGGAGGGUCCGAACGCGGUGCCUAGAUCGCUCGUCGAGGCCGCCAGCGCGCCGAGGAAGGUUAUGGAAGCCGCGGCGAGGCAGCUCGGGGCCGCGAGUCCGCGCUUCUGGAAGGCGGUCGAGCAGUUGCCGGAUCUGCGCGUCGGCGUCGAGGACGUCAGGGCUGACGGGCUGGUCGUAACUCUGGCGCGCACGAACCCGGUCGCGGACAGGGAGUGCAGGAUGUUUGCGCCAAGGUUCCCGAAGCCGCAGACGGAGGGCUUCUUCGUCGUUGUUGCGGACCCGGGCACCGAUGAGGUGCUUGCGCUGAAGAGAGUCACGUGGCCCGCGGCGGAGAAGGGGAGGCGUGCGGGCGGGAAGGUGAGCACGAGGGUUGUGGUGAGGUUGGCGGAGGCAGAGAGGGAGAGGACGGUGGAUGUCAAGGUCGUGAGUGAUGGGUAUAUUGGCAUGGUUUGGAGGGUUGGGGGCGUGGAGGUGCCGAAGGUUGUCGAGACGAUUAGUGUCGAGGACGUUGGGGUCAAGAAACCUACUUGA